ACGGCGCGGCGUUGAUGGAGUAGCUGCCGUUUGUAUGCGCCAUCGAGGCCCGCUGAGCACGAAGGCACGAAGAAGAAUGGAAUCAUUGAGCCAUGAUCGGCCUGUGUGCGCUGAAACAAGGAGGGGAAAAACAGACAACACAUUUGAAGCGUCAGCAAAAGAAUGCGAGGGCUCAAUAAUGUCGGAGAGAGUGGAAUUUAGAAGGUAUCUUGAACAAAAUGGGGUGCUUGACGCCUUGACAAACGCCAUGACAGCACUUUACAACGAGGUUGAAAAACCCGACCAUGCCAUGGAUUUUUUGAAGCGUCACAUCAUCGCACUGGAGGCUGAGGCUCUUGCCUCUCAAAAAGCAGAGCUGGAGCAAAAGUGUCAGGUUCUCACGGUGGAGAAUCAGAUGCUGAGGAGCAAGCUGAUGCAGUAUGAGCCAUCAUCUGAAACGGCAGACUAGAAGGGAUGCUAUUUUUGGAAUGUAACAAUCAAUAAAGGUUGGCACUGUUCUGUUUGACUGUUUCAGUUCUUUUCAAUUUCA